AUGGCUUCCGCACCGGCCUCCCUCCGCUCCCUCUACCGCUCCAUCCUGCGCGAGCUGCCCCCGCGGCCCAUCCUCGCUGCGCCGCGCUCCCCGCUGCACAUCCGCCUGCGCGAGUCCUUCACCACCACCGCCUCUUCCGCCGCCGCGGCGCCAACGGCCCGCGUCGACGUCGCCGCCCAGGCCAUCGCCUACCUCCGCUCGCAGCGCCUGUACUCCACGCUGCUCGAGCGGUACAACCCCGGCAUGGGCAUGCCGACUGAUGAGCGCGUGCGGUUGACGGCCCGCAAGGUCGGCAUGGAUUUGCCGGUCGAGUACGAUGUUGAGAAAUAG